CUUCUUAAUACACAAGCUGAGGCUUUUAUCUUGCAAUAAAAGUAUCUGCAAAAAAAACCCGGCAGGAUUUCUGUGUGCUCAAGAAACACUGAACAGCCAGUAAUUUUAUUUACUCCGAAGCUUUCAUUUUUGCAGUCGUGCAGUCCCCAUGUGAACUUUAGUUUUAAGCCGUAACAAAAAUGCGCGAUCCCCGCUCGAAGACCGAACUAGUAUUAAUGAUUUUUUUAAAAAAAACGCACGUUGUUUAGAAGACACUUAGCUUAAUUUUGGACCAGGCUGAAGUUUGUCCAACAUCCUCGCCCCUCUUCGGGUCCUUCAUCCUUAAAAGAUUGCCGCCCUUGCCCCUGACUGCUCUCAGUCCUUGGAGGGUGAUGAUGCUCCAGUAAUUUUCCUCGCUCCGUUCCCAGGCAUCGCUUUGCUUUCCUUCCAGGGAAGAUCGUUCCGCUUGUGAUCCUGCUGAGGAAAGAGACUCCGAUGGACUUACACCGGGCAGCGUUCAAGAUGGAGAACUCACCCUACCUCCCCAACCCACUGGCCUCCCCAGCACUGAUGGUUCUUGCCUCCACCGCUGAAGCCAGUCGUGAUGCUUCCAUUCCCUGCCAGCAGCCGAGGCCUUUUGGGGUCCCCGUGUCAGCAGAUAAGGACGUGCAUAUUCCCUUUACCAACGGCUCAUAUACUUUUGCCUCCAUGUAUCACCGGCAAGGCGGGGUGCCGGGAGCAUUUGCAAACCGUGACUUUCCUCCAUCCUUGCUUCACCUCCACCCCCAGUUUGCACCCCCCAACCUGGACUGCACCCCAAUCAGUAUGUUGAACCACAGCGGCGUUGGGGCUUUCCGCCCCUUUGCAUCUACUGAAGACCGGGAGAGCUACCAGUCGGCCUUUACGCCGGCCAAGCGCCUGAAAAACUGCCAUGACACUGACUCACCCCAUCUGCGCUUCUCAGACGCUGAUGGGAAGGAGUACGACUUUGGCACGCAGCUCCCCUCCAGCUCCCCCGGCUCCCUCAAAGUCGAUGAUACAGGGAAGAAGAUCUUUGCAGUUUCUGGCCUCAUUUCUGACCGGGAGACCUCAUCCAGUCCUGAAGACCGAAGUGACAGAUAUAGAAGCGACAACCAAAGAGGGCCCCAGGCGUCUGCAACUGCCACUCAUCGUAUGAUUUUAACUCUCCCCCUCUGCAAAAAGAAAGCGACUUUGUUUGACAGCCAGGCUCCAAUCUGCCCCAUCUGCCAGGUCCUCCUUCGCCCUGGAGAGUUGCAGGAGCACAUGGAGCAGGAGCUAGAGAAGCUCACCCAGCUGAACAUCAGCAAGAGCUCCAUCCUGAAGGAUGCCAUGGCAGCAGGUACCCCCAAGUCAAUUUUGUUGUCAGCCUCAAUCAAGCGGGAAGGAGAUUCUCCAACAGCAUCACCCCACUCCUCAGAUGACAUCCAUCACUCAGACAGAUACCAGACCUUUCUGCGGGUGCGAGCGAACCGGCAGACCCGGCUGAACGCUCGGAUUGGAAAAAUGAAACGGAGGAAGCAAGACGAAGGGCAGGUAUGUCCCCUCUGCAGCCGACCUCUGUUAGGAUCCGAGGAGGAGAUGAGUAGGCAUGUGGAACAAUGCCUUGCAAAGAGAGAAGGUUCAUGCAUGACUGAGGAUGACUCUGUGGACAUUGAGAACGAGAACGGCAACCGCUUUGAAGAGUACGAAUGGUGUGGGCAGAAGAGGAUACGCGCCACUACCCUCCUGGAGGGAGGAUUUCGAGGUUCUGGGUUUAUCAUGUGCAGUGGCAAAGAGAAUCCAGACAGUGACGCUGACCUGGAUGUCGACGGGGACGACACACUUGAAUACGGGAAACCACAGUACACGGAGGCAGACGUCAUCCCUUGCACUGGGGAAGAGCCAGGUGAAGCCAAAGAAAGGGAGGCACUCCGAGGUGCUGUUUUAAAUGGUGGAACACCCAGUACUCGAAUAACACCGGAGUUUUCCAAAUGGGCCAGCGAUGCAGAAAUGCCCUCAACGAGUAAUGGUGAAAGCAGUAAACAGGAGACCAUGCAGAAGACCUGUAAGAACAGUGACAUUGAAAAAAUUACAGAAGACUCUGCAGUGACAACAUUUGAAGCGUUAAAGGCUCGUGUCCGUGAGUUAGAAAGGCAGCUUUCCCGUGGGGACCGCUAUAAAUGUCUCAUUUGCAUGGACUCCUACACAAUGCCCCUGACUUCCAUUCAGUGCUGGCAUGUGCACUGUGAAGAAUGCUGGCUGCGGACUCUGGGUGCCAAGAAGCUCUGUCCCCAGUGUAACACCAUCACGUCUCCCGGAGACCUGCGGCGCAUUUACUUAUGAAGGGCCCAGCAGGAGGGCAGGACCUGGUUACUCAGCCCAGCUCAUCACACCAAGGGGGAGAAGAAGACAGCAACAAAACAACAACAACAAAAAAAACAACCAAACAAACAAAAAAAGACGUUUAAAAAUUUAAAGAAAAAAAAACAGACUCCGGACCUGAACUCGAGGAUAUAGGAGCAAUGGGGAGCCUCGGCUCCCAGGUCCCGCAUGUUGAGACCUCCUUCAGCAUCUGCAGCGGGCAAAACCAAACCCUUUGCUGUGAAGCCCCCUUUUUUAAAACCAGUAUUCCCCAUCAUCCCAUUCCCUGGAGCUGGCUUUGCAUCACGGACAGCUCGUGAGCCCUACUUUGGACUGUGUUCUUGACCACUCUGCCCCCAGGAGACUGGGGAAGGGACCCUUGACAGAAAGAUGUUAAAUAACCUGUAACUUGUGUUCUUUGUUCAGUUUUUGUUUUGGUUUUAUUUGUUUUGCUUUGGUUUUUGGUUUGGUUCCGUUUUGGUUUUUUGUGGUGUUCUAGUGAUAAAAAAAAGGUUUAAAGAAAAAAAAAACCCACACCCAGGCAGAAAUGAAGCACAUGUAAUAUAGAUUAUAUAUGUUUACAAUGUUGUGUAUAAAUGGGAUAGACUCAAACAUUACAUACUAAUAAGUUUCCCUUUUUUUUUUUUUGGGUUGUAUUUUUUUUAAAGAAGAAAAAAAAAUGAGCAGAGAACAUUAAACCCAUAUUUUUCUUGGUUCAGCAAAGUUUUGGCAUUAAAGUCAUUAGUUUUAAAAAAGUAUAUAUAUACAUAUAUAUAAUAUAAAUGGUUUAAUGUUCUGUGGUGUAUAUUUCCUCAUUCAGAUAUGAAGUUAACAGCUUUUAGUAAUGGCUGUAGCAUUGCCCAUAACUUACAGAACUUAUGGGGAGUAGAGGAGGUGGAUUUUUGUCAUUAGUUGUAGCUAAUGGGGCUAUUUAUAAUAGAAUCGUUAUCCCCGGAAAGACACGGCUUUUAACUCCUCGCCGGGGGACCGGGCAGGGCGGGGAGAUCUGGAUCAGCCCCCUUUGCCUUUCCCAGCCAGGGAAGGAGCAAACGGUGCAGAGCAGGAGAGAGGCAGAGCUGCUGGAGUCCUGCCCUCUCCCCCGGCCAGGAGAGCCUGCUUGAGGUUCCAGCUGACCCCCUCCUGCCUCCUCCAAGGCUGUAGCCCCUGCCUUGCUUUGCUUCCCUCCCCUGCAGGCAGCAUUUGCUGGCUGAGGAUGCCUGAGCUGUUCCUGGUCCAAGGCAGGAUGGCAGGGAAGUGGGCACAAGGAGGGACAGCCAGGGACAGGAUGCCCCUGCUGGUGGCCUUGUCUGAGAGGCUUUGCCUGAGGAGGUGGUGGCUGCAGUGGCCCCCAAGCUGCCUGGCAGAGACACACAAGCCCUGCAGAGCCAGCCCUGCCCUGUGCCAGCUUCCUGCAGCUCCUGCUCUUCUUGAGCCUGUGUUUUGCAGUAGAGGGUUUUCUGGUGCUAGGGUGGAGAGCCAAGGCAGCCCUCUCUCCUUGUCCCCAGGGCCACCCCUGGGCUUUACACCAGGCUGCAGUAAGCAGAGAUGCUUCCAGGCAGAGACAGAGGUUCCCUGUGGCCCUGGCUUCCACACAGUUCCCCAUGCUUGUCUCUGUCUCCCAUGUCCUCAGCCUUAACCAAAGCUGCCAUCUGGGCUGAUGUUCUGUUGUUUUUUCUUUUAUUUUCAGGACCCAAGAAACAAAUACUGAUCCAUUUCCCAAGGCAAUUCCAUGCCUCAUGUCCUGACUUCUCCCAGCUCCGUGCUGUGCAGCCUGGCCCCAGCUGCCCAAGCAGUCACAGGGUGCCAGCUCCCCAAAGCCAGAAGACACGGGAGAUGGGGAAGCUCAUCUCCCCCUGCUCCCACAAGGUCUUUCCAAGCAGAUCCCACCUGGCAGCACAACAUGGCUGGGGCAUUUUGGCAGUCUGGAAAGAGCAGUAGAUGCUGCUUGUGGAAGCAGGAUGCCUGGGGAGUGACAGUCCCAUCACCAUUUCUCUGCCCUGAGCUUGAUGCUGUUUUGCAGAGAGCAGCUGCUGUCCUCAGCAUCUCCCAAGUGAUUUUAGAAGGAUCCCACUGCACAAAAAAAAAAAAAAAAUCUAAACCAAAUCAAAGGAGCUGUAUUUUAUAAGCAUCUCUGCAAAAGAUGACAGUUCCUAAUAGGGAGUUUCCCAGGUCUCCAAGCUUACAGCAAGGUCCUGGUCUCUGGGUCCAGAGAGCUGCAGCCUCCCCUGCUUGGGGCACUUCCUGGCAGAGCUCCCAGGAACCAGAGGAAGCUGAGGCAGCUUGGGAGGGUCCUGCCUCCCUCGGGAAGCUGCGGGCAGGGGAGGGGUCAGCAGCAAUGACCUGUCCCUGCUGGGUGACCCUUGGCAGCAGCACUUGGGCAGGGGAAGGGCAGAACACAGAACCUGGUCUAGGCUUGUAAAGGGGAAAAAAUUGGAGGGUGUCAUGGCUGGGCUGUGAGUGCCACCCAGCCAGUGGGUGCUGGCACUGGGGUCUCAAAAGCAGAUUUGGAGAGGGUGCAGGAGGUGGGUUUGAGAGGCUGGCAGGAAGGGGGAGAGGGUAGGAUGCCCUGCCCUUGCCUUUCCUUGGAAAUAGGCCCAGGAGGGAGCCAGGCUUUCUGGCAGGUGUUGUGGACCAGCCAUGUGCUCUAUGUACGUAUGUGUAAAACCAUAUGUAACUACUAGUCAUUGGUUCUUUGUUUUGGGGUUUAUUUUUGUUUAUUUUUUUGUUUCAAUUGUGAAGCCAUCCCCUGUUUUCAAGGGGGGGAGGCUGCCGGGGGAAGGCUGGGGAGAGGCUUUCUGCUUUGUAACAGGCACCUGCCACUUCCCUCUUCUGUAAUGAGUUUAAAUGAUUUUAAAAAAAUAAUAAAUUGAAACAUCAGAGUUACCUAUCUUUGCCCAAAGAAUCCCAGUUGCACAAAGCGAUAUUCCAGUGUGUCAAUGAUUGUGUGUCAGUGUAUAUUAUACAAAGAGGUACUUGUCACUCCCGUUUGUAAACUACAUUUGACAUUAAUUAAACAAAUACAAAUCUUC